CCUCCUUUGCAGGGCGCGUCUUGGUGCGGCCGGGCACGCGCGAAGUUGUCCUCGUCAAAUUUAGACAAUUGAGGGCGGUAGACAACCCAGCAAGUGAAAUUUGUCGCCAAUUUCGGAGCUACGUACAGUUUCAAGCUGAGUUCCAUUCUUGAAAGCCACGUAUCUACCACACAGCUACAAUGAGUGCCACGGACGGAACCACAUUCAAGCAGGGGGUUAAUCUGGAGGUCGAACCACACUGUCUCGACACUUGUAGCAAGGUCGACCAGGAGAGAGAGCAUCAUCAAGACAGGAGCGAGGAUAAGAUACUUGCUUGUGACAUUAGCGGCAGCGCCUUCUCCCACAGUGGUACCCUGGAACAUCAGAAGGUCAACACCGAUGAGAGGCCAUUUGCUAGUGACAUUUGUGGCGAAGGCUUCGCGGACAAUGACAACCUGAUGCAACACCAGAGAGUCCACACUGUUAAGCACAAGAAACCAUUGGUUUGUGACAUUUGUGACAAAGGCUUCUUGAAGAGGUCGGCUCUUGAAAGACACACGAGGGUCCACACUAAAGAGAAGCCAUUUCUGUGCGACAUUUGCGGCAGAAGCUUCUCGCUGAAUAGUACUCUCCAAAAACAUCACCAGAGGGUCCACACUAAAGAGAAAACCAUUGCUUGUGACAUUUGUGGCCAGGCCCUCUCCCACACUUCUGACCUUCAACGACACAAAAGGGUCCACACUAAGGAGAAACCAUUCGCUUGUGACAUUUGUGGUAAAGGCUUCUCACGGAGUCGUGCUCUUGAAGCACACAAAAGGGUCCACACGAAUGAGAAACCAUCUGUUUGUGACAUUUGUGGAGAAGUUGUCUCAUCCAAGUCUCACCUUAAAACGCACAAGAGGGUCCACACUCCAGAGAAACCAUUCGUUUGUGACAUUUGUGAGAAAAGCUUCUCACAGAGGUCCGCGCUUCAAAGACACACGAGGGUCCACACUAAAGAGAAACCAUUUCUAUGCGACAUUUGCGGCACAAGUUUUUCACUGAGGAGUACUCUAAAAAACAUCAUCAGAGAGUCCAUACUAAAGAGAAACCCAUUAUUUGUGAUAUUUGUGGCAAGGCCCUAUCCAAUACUUCUGACCUUCAAAGACACAAAAGGGUCCACACUAAGGAGAAACGAUUUGCUUGUGACAUUUGUGGCAAAGGCUUCUUACAGAGCUGUUCUCUUAAAGUGCACAAAAGGUCCCACACGAAUGAGAAACCGUUUGUUUGUGACAUUUGUGGAAAAGUUUUCGUGUGCAAUUCUCACCUUAAAACACACAAGAGGGUCCACACUCAAGAGAAAACCGUUCGUUUGUGACACGUGUGGAGUGGGCUUCUCGGAUAGUUCUCACCUAAAGAGACACAAGAGGGUCCACACCAACGAGAAACCAUACAAGUGUGAGACCUGUGGGAGAGGCUUCUCUCAAAGUGGUAACCUGAAAAGUCAUAGGAGUAUCCACAAAGUCCUAACUGAGGAUGAACAAUUGAGGGUCCAAGAGAGCAUGGUCCCCAAACCAUUCCUUUGUGACAUUUGUGGAAAAGGCCUCUCAGAUCGUUCUCACCUCAAGAGACACAAGAGGAUCCAUACCGAUGAGAAACCACACGUUUGUGACAUUUGUGGGAAGGGCUUCAUUCAAAGUGGUAACCUGAAAGUACAUAGGCGCGUCCACAAACUCCUAAUUAAUGACGAACUGUUUACGUGCGACAUUUGAGGCCGAAGCCUCUGAAUCAUUAGAAAACUUUGUGGCCAUCCAGGGAUCCACAGUUAUGAGGAAACCAUUAGAUUGGAAUAUUUGUGGCAUGCAGUAGCUUCUCUUCCACUGGUUGCCAACUAAAACAUGAGUGUACUGUUUAGCAGAGUUGUAAAGACUCGAGUUAAUGACUCGACUCGGACUUGUCUUAAUUUUUGGUGACUCUACUCGACUCGAGUCCCUAAGGGUAAAUGACUCGACUUGACUCAAGUCACUACGAGAAUGAGCAACUUGGAGCAAGUGACUCGACUCGACUCAAGUCCCUCAUCAGAAGACUCUACUCGACUCAAUUCACAAAAAUAAAGCAACACUUUGCAAAAAAUAAAACUCAA